AUGCCUGCGGCCCCUGGAAACUACUCAAAAGCAGAGCUCAUGGGCCUGGACUACACAGUGGCUGCCUGCCAGCGCCGCGGUAUGAGGGUGAUCUUGUCACUUGGCAACUUUUGGGCGGCUUACAAGGGCCCGGAGGAGUGGGUGCGGUGGGCGCGCUACAGUGGGACCUCUGCAAACGGCACUGGUUUUGGCGUGGAGACGCCCGGCGCCUGGGCGGGCGACGUCACAGACUUUUACAGGGAGCCGUCCGUGCGGAAGCUGUACAAGCAGCACAUAGCCUUCAUGCUGGGCCGCGCCAACACGGUGUCGCGGCAGUUCUAUCAAGCAGAUCCUACAAUCUAUGGGUUUGACAUCCUGAAUGAGCCCAGGUGCCCGGCCUGCGCGGACGCAGACCUGGCCGCCCACGGGGACUGGAUGGCCGACGUGUCGAAUUUCACAAGGCGCAUCGUGUCGUCCCAGGCGCUGGUGCUGGCCGGCACUGAGGGCUUCUUCCUCGCCCCAGCCGCCGCACCGGCGCCCGUGCCUGCCCCUGCGCCGGCGUCCUUCUGGCCCUUCUUUGGCGCCUCAACGCCCGCGCCCGCGCCGCCCGCGGCGAGCGGGCUCGUGUCGGAAAACCCCGGCGGCGGCGCGGGCUGCGAGGGCGAGGACCUCCUCGCGACGACUCAGCUGCCCGCGAUCGGCGGCUUGACCACCCACAUGUACGAGAGGCAGAUGGAGGCCAUGCCUGAGCUGCAGUGGACGACCCCCGGUUUCGAUGUGUUCUGCAGCUACCUGGACAAGAAGCUUCAGCUGUACACGGACUUGGCCGCGGGCAUGGGCAAGCCCUUCAUUGUGGAGGAGUUUGGCCUGACCCAGCGCCUUUUCAACCUGGAGCAGAGGAAGGUGGUUUUCGCAAUCACCCUGCGCAACCUCGUACUGUCGAAGCAGCAAAACAAGAGCUUUGUGGCCGCCAUCUUCUGGAACGCGGUGCGGCCAGGCGGGGCAGCGAACCAGAAAGCCCCAGCGCCCAAACAGCCAGGGCCAGCCCAAGCCGAAGGGAAAGGAAAGUCAGGGGCAAAGGCUGGCCGGCGGCUGGCGCACGCGGCGGCGGCGGCCGCUCCGGAGGCGGCUGCGGCGGCGGAGGCGCCACAGGCAGAGGCAGUGGCAUUGGCUGACGAUGUGCUGGACGCCUUCAGGCGCGGCCCCGCCCGCACUCAGUGCGCCCACCUGGUCGCUGACCGCCAGUGGCGGUUCAGCUACCCUGGCCCCCGCAUCGACCUGCCGGCCUCGCUGGCAGCGGUGGCCUUGGUUGACACCGUCGACAUCAUUGCGGAAGCCGCCGCCCUGCUGGCGCAAUAG